AUGAAAACAGUCCGUCUGCUCCCGAUACCGUUAUCAGAAGUCAAGCGUGCACAAGUGCCAAAUUUCGGUCCUAAUAAACUAGCAGAUAAGACUCAAAAUCGCACAGCAAGUCAUGAACCAUGCGGUCAAAGUCCUCACAUUAAGGUUGAUAUUCGGUACAGAUUAUUGCUUUUUCAGCACGCAGCAGCGUGCAGCAGCUGCUACAUGUGUGAAGCUGCUGAGGUCUGUAUGUCGAAGGAAUUGGACAAAGUACCAUGA